AUGUUUGCUGACUGCAGCGAGGAGCUCAGAAGCGUAACACAUAAACUGGACAGCACGCGAAAUGAGCGAAACGCGUAUUUCGACAAGUUCCGGGAAUACGAGAAUAAGUACUUGGGCGAGUGUCAACGCUCUCGACAGUUGCAGGACGAAGUAUCUUGCUUAAGGCAGCGCUUGCUGAUAGAACAGCAAAGAAAUGCCAGGAAUUCUCCCUCACAAACCAUCAAACAAGUUAAAGAGAAGCUUAUCGAAAAGAUCGAGAGUGUCAAUGAGCUGGACACUGGAGAUCCGAAGAUCAGUAGCGUGGAAAGCUUCCUUGAGCAGGACGCUACUUCUCUGUCAUCUUCAAAGUUUGUUCUUGAAGCAAAAGACCGCGUAACUGUUGGCAGCACUACCGAUGAGGCACCAAGUAGUUUGAAAAUUUCUCAUAACCGAAGUGGCGAAACAUUUACGACUCAGGAGUCAGUGUGCUCGGGAAUUCUGUCGAACGAAGACCGAAAUAGCGAAACAUGUGCAAAGACAAUGGAAACAUUAAAUGUGUCUGAAUUUAGUCAGGAAAGUGCUCCGUCCGAAAAGAGACUGAAACUUCAGCCUCAGGAUGGAUCGUCGUCGAAUGGAGCAGCAAUAACAAAUCCGCUAAAACGUAAACCUUCGAAAGGCACGAUAUGCAAUAGGGUUUGA